CUGCCGGGAUGCUGGUGGCGUCCCCUGUCCCUUUAAGGAAGCGACGCGCGUGCUGAUUGGAUGGCGGGGCCGAGCCGGCGAAGGGAGGGAGGAAGAGGAGCGCGAGCCCGGGAUCCCCCGCUGCGCGCGUGGGGGCUGGGCCGCGGCCGCCGGGGGAGGCGGCAGCGGCGGGGCUGCACCUGCGGCCGCCGUGAGGCGGCGCGGCGCGGACAUGCCGCCGCGGCCGGCGCUGCGCAGGUAGCCAGCCCGCCCCACGCCCAGGUGCGCGCUGCCCAUGCGGGAGCCGUGCUCCCGGCACUAGGCUCCCUCCUCUCGGUGCCCGCCUCCCACGCCGCGACCCUGCCCCCGGGCGGUGGCGCUGACCGCGGCUCCGCCCCGGGCUAUCUCCGCACCUGGGCCGCUCCUGCGGCCGCCGCCCUGCCUGCCGGACGCAUGGCACAGCCGGCGGCGGACGCGUGUGCCUACGCCGCGGCUUCGGGGGACGACGGCGGGGAAAUGAGCGGCAGGAAGGUGGCUCUCAUCACCGGCAUCACCGGCCAGGAUGGAUCGUACUUGGCUGAGUUCCUGCUGGAAAAAGGCUAUGAGGUGCAUGGAAUCGUUCGUCGAUCUAGUUCUUUUAAUACAGGCCGGAUUGAACAUCUCUAUAAGAAUCCACAGGCUCACACUGAAGGAAACAUGAAGCUGCACUAUGGUGAUCUCACGGACAGCACCUGCCUGGUGAAGAUCAUUAAUGAAGUUAAACCCACUGAGAUAUACAACCUGGGAGCUCAGAGCCACGUCAAGAUUUCUUUUGACUUAGCAGAAUAUACUGCUGAUGUUGAUGGGGUUGGCACUUUACGGCUCCUGGAUGCUAUUAAAACCUGUGGCCUUAUCAACUCCGUGAAGUUCUACCAAGCCUCCACCAGUGAACUUUUUGGAAAAGUGCAAGAAAUCCCACAGAAGGAGACCACCCCUUUUUACCCAAGAUCGCCUUAUGGAGCAGCAAAACUGUAUGCCUACUGGAUUGUGGUGAACUUCAGGGAGGCCUACAAUCUUUUUGCUGUGAACGGCAUUCUCUUCAAUCAUGAAAGUCCCAGGAGAGGAGCUAAUUUUGUUACUCGAAAAAUUAGCCGAUCAGUAGCUAAGAUUCACCUCGGACAGCUGGAAUGUUUCAGCCUGGGCAAUCUGGACGCUAAGAGAGACUGGGGCCAUGCCAGGGACUACGUUGAGGCUAUGUGGCUGAUGUUGCAAACAGAUGAGCCAGAAGACUUUGUCAUAGCCACUGGGGAGGUCCAUAGCGUCCGUGAAUUUGUGGAGAAGUCAUUUAGGCAUAUUGGGAAAACCAUUGUGUGGGAAGGGAAGAAUGAAAAUGAAGUAGGACGGUGCAAGGAGACUGGCAAGAUUCAUGUGACAGUCAAUCACAAAUACUACAGGCCAACUGAAGUGUGGCUUCAACACAGGAGACUGCAAGAGCUGUACGUCUUCUUACAGCUACCUGGAGCCAUGAGGGAGUUAUGCUGCCAGGCCAGCUGCAUGUAAAUUGGCUGUCCAGAGGUGCCUGUGGUGCAGAGGUGCUCCUUUCUGACCCUGCCUCAUCCAAGGCUAUUGCAGUGUAUUUAAUUAUUGAUGCUGCGUGUCGGUGUGUCCAUCCAAGAAAGCAAAACCAGACUGCUAAGGACUGUUUUACCAACUUUUGUUGGCUGAAAGAGUGAAUAUGCCAUGUUUAAGAUGGGUGUCCAGGCUGUUUACUUUGGUUUUUGAACUGCAGCCAAAUUACACUUCUGAGGAGGUUGCUAUUGCUUUUUUAAAUAUGUAACCACCUAUCUUUGUACAUCAGCUUAAAGGUAUUUGCAGAUCAUUGUCUGUGAUCGGCAUAAGAACAACAAGUAAAAUGAGAGCUUUGUGUUUUGCACUGUCUUGGUAAACUUGUGUAUUAAAAUACAACAUCCUUUUAUUUGAACAGUAUUCAUGAGAGAGAAUAUUAAUUAUUAAUCUUAGAAUAUUAUUAUUUUGCGUUAUGCCUUAGGAGAUGACAGUCUCUGCAGUAGCAUUAAUUAAUAUGUAGCUUGGAUGCGUAGGCAGAAAGCAAAUCAUCUCCUGGCAGAUUAUUCAACAUUAGGAUAUAGCCUUCCAUCUCUUACUGUGAUUUCAAAGUGAUUCUCAUCCACUGUAUUGCAACCUUGCACUAACUGUAUGUUAACAAAUUUAUAACCUGGAAAUUAUUCUGCUGACAUCAAUCGCAUUACAACAUGCAAAACCAGUUUAAAAUUAGAUCCAAGUUAUUUUGCUUUUUAAAUUUUAAAAUGUUAUGUUCUAAGUAAUAUUUAUGUGCAUCAGUAAUUGAUGGUUUGGUAUUACUUUUCUUUCGCUAGUUCUGAAAUGAAGAUUUUAAAAUGG